AUGGCGGCAUCUCUGUUCACAUACUCCUCAACUUCUCGAAGGGUCAUUCCUGCUCCAAACUCUCCUCCUCUUCCCAUUCACAUCAAGGCCACCAAUGUAGUCUUCAACCCCGACAUUCCAGAGGUUCAUCGAGGUCUUGGACUCGAUGAUUUCGUAAAUUUCUUGGCUUCUUGUCGCCUUCGAUAUGCAAUCAGCGAUGUACCAUCCGAGUUCUUCCCAGAACAAGUAUGCGAGUUCUACUACACUGCAACCGUUAAUGAAGAAAACAACGCCAUCACCGGAACCAUUGGCCAUGGAAGACACUCUGUCUUCAUCACCGCAGAACUUCUCAGUGCUGCUUUAAGGUUACCAAUCUUCGAACCCUUCUCUGAACCUCCAUCUAUUGAAAGAUGUAAACGCAUGUUUGAUCAACUGGGCUAUGAUCACUCAAAGGCUGGCACUCGAUCAGCUCUUAUUUUGCGUCAAUGUAUGACCCCAGGCUGGAAGUUUUUCACUGGAGCUCUGUGCAAGUGUGUGGGUCACAAGUCUCGUAGUGGUGACCAACUGAGCAAUUAUGAGCAACAAGUUGUCUGCUCCCUUCUUCUCAACAAAAGACUGGAUUAUGGGGCACUUUUCUUUGAUCAGCUUGUUCAGCUUCUACGAGCAAAUGUACGUGCUGAUCAUGUUCCCUUUCCACGCUGGAUUGCCCUAGUAUUCGACAAGUUCUUCGCUGCUGACUACUUUUCUCACUCUGGGAAUCCAAUCCAAUGUCCUCGAAUGUCAGUUCGUAUGUAUCAGGAUGAUCCUUUAGAUACCGACAUUGGAAUCUCCGAUCGGAUGAGAGAAUGGAUUGCCAAUCCAUACAUUGUGCCUUCUCUCACCGCUGACACUGAUGAAGGAGGUGCUGAUGUUGAUGAUCAUAUGGAUCUUGCUGAUCAAGAGGUGGAACAUCAUGAUGGCGGACAUCUCUCACCUCAACUUUCUCAUCACCUCAUCUCGGACACUGGCAAAGUCUCCUCUGCACCACAGGAUUCCAUGCCUCUGGGGGAGCAACCAUCUCAGGGGGAGCAUCCCUCGCAGGGGGAGCUUCCCUCACAGGGGGAGCAUCAGUCUCAGGGGGAGCAUCCAUCACCAGCAGCUCACCACUUCUCUCCAAGGAUGCAACCUAGCUCUCCAGUUGCCCCAGUCAGCGUCUGCUUCAUUGAGGCUGAUGUUCAACAAAUCAAGGAGGUUCUCUUACUUAAUCCUCCCUCUAGUCCCAAAUCUGAUGAUGCUCAAAAAGGGGGAGAUACUAAUGAUGAUGCUGAUGCUGAUGAUCAUGCUGAUGGUGAGCCAAAUGAGAAAGACACAGAACCUGCUGACAACACUAUCUUUCAGCAUGAAUCACCCAACCCCAUUCCUGAAUCUGAUUCUGCGGGCAUAAUAGUCCAGCAGCUACUGAAAAGCAAUGAUGAAGAGCAUGAUGAACCUGAUGAUGAAUGUCAAAUUCUUGACAUGAACUUCAUUGAUCCCUCAUUCCAGUUCAGCAAGAAAGCUCAGAUGACCUUGAAGAAUCUCAUCCGAUACUAA